AUGAAAUGGUUUAUCUCAAUAUUCAUUUUUUCACUGAUUUUCAUCCAAACUACAUUUACUAAACCAACUGAUUCUUUCUCUUCUUCUACGGAAAAUCCAUGUUGGGUGAAAUCUAAAUCUUCGCUAUCGUCUUAUCUUUUUUCUACAAUUUUUGUAAAUGUGAAAGAAGGAAGAGGAUAUGAUAUUAUUGCGAACAAUUGUUGGGAAUUUUAUGUAAUUUAUCAUUUUUCAUAUUUAAAAAAAUUGAAAUUUUCUCUAUAGAAUAGUGGUAUAAGUCAACCAGAAUGUGGACAAGAACUGACGAAGUCUUUGAAGGUUUAUGAAAAUGACUGUUCAUCAUUUGAACAUUUGUCAACCAAACCAGUUGGAGAAUGUAUCCAAAAAAUUCGAUCAGAAAAUUCUACUUGCUCGCAAGAAUAUUUCGGCACUACAUUGUCAUUUAUCAGUCUUCGAGUAUGUUUUAUUUCGUAAUGUUUCAAAGUAUUAUAACGUUUAUCUAGGGUAAAAACGAAACAUCUCCAUAUUACUGUAAUAACUACUUCGGACUUCAAAACUGUAUGAGAAGUGUGAUUAUUCGGAAUUGUGGGUUGAAUUUUUGGAAUGAUUAUAAAGUUGGAAUGACGAAAUCUGAAGUUAAUUGUGAUUUUGAAAAUAUUUGA